AUGGAGUUCUCAAGAGUAGCUGCUAUACAUUUAAAAUGUCUUACUGCUGCUAAGCUACUUGUGGACUCCGGACUGAGUGUUGUGGUGCUUGAGGCAAGAGACAGAGUUGGAGGCAGAAUACAUACUAUAAGAAACAAAGAAGUUCAGUAUGUGGAUGUUGGUGGGGCCUAUGUGGGACCGACUCAAAAUCGCAUUCUACGCGUAGCAAAAGAGCUAGGUUUAAAGACCUACAAAGUGAAUGUGUCACAACGAGUUAUCCAUCAUGUUAGGGUAAAAGGCUACAGGAAAAAGGGGAGACCUCUCAAAUUCCCAUUGGUGCUGGCAAAUCACCUGCACAGGGUAUGGAGGACAUGUCAUGAAAUGGGUAGAGAUAUUCCAGUUGACUCUCCUUGGGAAGCACCACAUGCUGAAGAGUGGGACAAAAUGACAAUGAAGGAGUUUAUAGACAAAGUUUGUUGGACAAAGGCAGCUAAACAAAUUGCUGAGCUUUUUGUAAAUGUGAAUGUCACUUCUGAAACACAAAAUGUUUCUGUCCUAUGGUACCUCUGGUGUACAAAACUCAGUGGCGGAACACAACGAAUGUUUUCAGUGGAAAAUGGAGCACAGGAGAGAAAGUUUGUUGGAGGUGCUGGUCAGGUUAGUGAGAAGUUAAUGGAGCUUCUUAAGGAUCGUGUUAAAUUAGAGAGACCAGUGGUGAGGCUUGAUCAGACUGGUGAAAAUGUCAUUGUGGAGACCUUAAACCAUGAAGUCUAUCAGGCCAAGUAUGUUAUAAGUGCUAUACCACCAAUUUUAACUACAAAGAUUCAUUUUAAUCCUGAGCUGCCACCUAUUAGAAAUCAGUUAAUUCAGAGGCUUCCAAUGGGAUCUGUAAUAAAGACCAUGAUGUAUUACAAGGAAGCAUUUUGGAGAAAACUUGAUUACAGUGGAGCUAUAUUUAUUGAUGAUGAAGACACUCCAGUUGAGAUUACCUUAGAUGAUACAAAGCCUGAUGGUUCAUGCCCAGCUAUAAUGGGUUUUUUGUUGACUGGAGCAGCAUCUAAAUUGACACAUCUUACUAAGGAGGAGAGAAAGAGAAGAAUAAGUGAGUAUUAUGCCAAAGCAAUGGGAACUGACAAAGCUUUACAUACUGUACAUUAUGAGGAAAAGAAUUGGAGUGAGGAACAGUAUUCUGGGGGCUGUCACGCUGCCUACUUCCCACCAGGAAUCAUGACACAGUAUGGAAGUGUCAUUCGGCAGCCCUUUGGGAAGCUUUACUUUGCUGGAACAGAAACCGCUACUCAGUGGAGUGGAUACAUGGAUGGAGCAGUCCAGGCUGGGGAGAGAGCCGCCAGAGAGAUAAUGUGCAAAAUGGGACUCAUUCCGGAGAAUGAAAUAUGGUUGCCUGAACCUGAGAGUGCGGAUGUUCCUGCACUACCAUUUACUAGAUUGUUCUUGGAAAGAAAUUUGCCAUCAGCUCAAGGAUUUGUUAGGUUCAUUGGCUACUCUACAUUCAUUGCUUCUGCAACUGCUCUUGGGUUCUUUGCAUACAAGAAAGGCUUCAUUGCUCAUGUUAAAUAAGUUCACAAUACUGGUCUCAUUUUCAUGGUGACAAUCAGCCAAUUCUGUUAUGUUAUUUGGUAUACACAGCGUAUAAGCCACAUGCCACGUUAACCUUAUCUCUU